AUGGCCAGACUGCAGCCCGACCGAUCCCCGUCCCAUGCCAGUGCCCUCGAGCAGCUCGGCGCGCUGCUGAACGAGCGCCUUUCGACCGGACCGUCGGUGGUCGAAGAACACGGCCGUGACGAGUCUUGGUAUCCCUAUCAGCCGCCCGACGCGGUGGCGCUCCCAACCUCGACUGAGGAAGUGCAGGCCAUCGUUCGCAUCUGCGCCGAGCAACAUCUGCCGAUCGUGCCCUACGGGGCUGGCACCUCGCUCGAAGGCCAUGUGCUGGCGGUCGAAGGUGGCCUGUCGCUCGACAUGUCGCGGAUGGAUCGGGUGGUGGCGAUUCGACCUGGCGACUUGGACGCUACCGUCGAGGCCGGAGUUACCCGCCGUCAGCUGGCCAAACGGCUCGAAGAUCACGGUUUGUUCUUUCCCGUCGAUCCCGGUGCCGACGCUUCGUUCGGUGGCAUGACCGCCACUGGUGCCAGCGGUACCACCACGGUGCGCUACGGCACCAUGCGCGACAACGUGCUGGUCCUGCGGGUGGUGUUGGCGGACGGUCGGGUGAUCGAUACCGGUCGGCGGGCGCGCAAGUCCUCGGCGGGCUACGACCUGACCCGGCUGUUCGUUGGCUCGGAGGGCACCCUUGGGGUGAUCACCGAGGUGACAGUCAAAGUCUGGGGCCUACCUGAGGCGAUGUCGGCGGCGGUGGUCUCGUUUCCGAGCCUGGAGAACGCGGUCGAAGCCGCCACCGAGCUGAUCCAGGCGGGGGUGCCGGUGGCGCGAGUCGAGCUGCUCGACGAGGUUGGAAUCGAUGCGGUCAACCGUCACUCCGGGCUUGACCAUCCGUUGCGCCCGACCUUGUUCUUGGAGCUGCACGGUAGCCCGGCGACGGUGACGGAAGAGGCCGAAGAGGCCGGCCGGGUGGCUGCCGAGCACGGCGGCGAGGACUUCCGCUGGUCGACCGACGGCGCCGAGCGCGCGCGCCUAUGGCACGCUCGCCACCAAGCCUAUUUUGCUACCUUGGCGCUGCGCACCGGCUGCCGGGCAAUGUCGACCGAUGUUUGCGUGCCGCUGUCGCGAUUGAGCGAUUGCCUGCUCCAGACCAAACAAGAUCUCGAACGCGGCACGUUGGUGGCGCCGAUCGUCGGCCACGUAGGCGACGGCAACUUUCAUUGCAUUGUGCUGAUCGAUCCCAACGACCCGGCCGAAGUGGAGGAGGCCAAGCGCUUCAACCAGCGGCUGGUCGAGCGUGCUCAGGCGAUGGACGGCACUUGCACUGGCGAGCACGGCGUAGGUAUCGGCAAGCGACGUUUCUUGCCCGCCGAGCAUGGCGAGGCGCUCGAUGUCAUGCGUUCGCUCAAACAGGCUCUCGACCCAGCGGGUUUGAUGAAUCCGGGCAAGAUCUUUCUCGACGACUCGUCGGCCUGA